GAACCCUGAGCCGCUUCGCUGCGGGAAUGCUCAGGGCUUCCCGGGGCGGGGGGGGGGGGUAGUGGGCGUUCCGGUGAGCUGAGAAUGCGAGGGAGGAGGGCGUGUCCCUGCCCCCUGAUACGCUUUGAUUGGAUUCUGGCCCACAGCUUUCGUCUAACCCCGGCCGGGUUUCCCCCGGCUCUGGCUCCGGUGGGGCCAGAGCUCAUCCCGGCUGUGGCCCCACGGGAUGAGCCUCACUUUUCCUCAUCUGGUGAAUGGGCACUGGCCUUGCUCGGGCCCCCAGGAGCAUCAGAGCUGGCCCUGAGCCAGGCCCUCCCUCCCCCUGGGGGCCCCGGCACCAGUGACCCAGACGCCAGCAGUCCCUGCCCUGGGAGGUUCCAGUUUCAUCAGGCAGCCCAGACAGGGGAAGAAGCAGAGGAGAGAGGGUGAUCAGAAAUGGGAUGGGGGAUCCCGCAGGCAGAGGGGAAGCCCAGAGGAGGCGGCAGAACAAGGCUGGGCAGUACCCCACCAGCACGGGCAGCCUCGCGUACCGAGAAGACCUUGAGGAGGAGAAGAACUUGGAGUUCACCUGGGAGGUGCAAGCCAACAACCGGUCCUACAACAACCAGUUCAAGGAGAAGGUCUUCCUGUGCUGGCAGAGGAAGAAGUACAAGGUGGUCCUGAGGACUGCCAAGUACAAUGUCUUCUCCUUCCUGCCCUUGAACCUGUACGAACAGUUCCACCGCAUGUCCAGCCUCUACUUCCUUCUCAUCAUCAUCCUCCAGCAGGCUGAGCUGAUCCCAGAGGGCCAGGAGGAAGGAUUAGGUUCUUGGGACCCGCCGGGUCACUUCCUGGCAUCAGGCUGGUCAUGGAUGGAGAUGGGUGAGGGAUGGGCAGUUUCCAGUGCCUGCAGAAGAAAGGCCUCUGGGCAUCGGCGGGCGGGGGGUGGGGGGGCAGGGGGCGGGCUGAGACAGAGCGGGUGUGGAGCAGGGCGGCACGUGGUCCUAGCUCCCCCUGCCCGGGAAGACAGACUGUGGGUGGUGGGUAGGUUGGGUGACCCCAGGCAGAGGGAGAGGUGCCCGGGUGAGGGGGCAGGGGUUGGCGGGGGUGCCAGCGCCGCCUGCCCGCCCGGGGCCCAGUCCUUGGCCGAGCAGACCCUGCGGACACCGUGCAUGGCCUGCAAGGAGGUGGACGAAGACAUGUACGAAGAGUGGUGCCAGCGGCACCAGGAAGCCAGCAUCCUGCUGCAGAACCGUGCCCACGCCCUGCACCGGCUGCUGGGAGCCACAGCCCUCGAGGACAGGCUCCAGGACGGUGUCCUCGACACCAUCAAGUGUCUCAAGCAGGGGAACAUCAAAGUGUGGGUUCCCACAGGGGACAAGCAAGAGACAGCGGUGAACAUCGGCUUUGCCUGCCAGCUGCUCUUGGAAAACAUGAUCAUUCUGGAGGAGAAGGAGAUUGUGCAGAUCCUGGAGGUCUACUGGGAGAACAGCAAUAGCCUGCAGGGUGGCAAGAAGGGCCACCUGAACAAACAGCUCCCCCUGCAGGUCAAAAUGGCCUUGGUCAUUAACGGGGAGUUCCUGGACCAGCUGCUGCUGUCCCUGCGCACGGAGCCCCGGGCCCUGGUCCAGAACGUGAGCUUGGAAGAGGAGGAGCCCUGGCAGGAGCCCAGAGAGGAGAGGGCGGACUUAUUGCAGGCCAGACGCCUGUCCCUGGCUGCGUGUGCCCCUGCAGCUGCGGACAUCGGCAUGGGGCUGGCGGGUCAGGAGGGCAUGCAGGCGGUGCAGAACAGCGACUAUGUGCUGGCCCAGUUCUGCUUCCUGCGGCGGCGGCUGCUGGUGCAUGGCCGUUGGUCCUACACGCGCGUCUGCGAGUUCCUGCGCUACUUUGUCUACAAGACGCUGGCCAGCAUGAUGGUCCAGAUCUGGUUCGCUUUCUACAGCGGCUUCACUGCCCAGGAGGAGGAGAGCAUCACCGUGGAGCCCAUACCCCAUGUCCUCCGGGAGGCACGGACCCGGCACUCCAGCUAUGCCUUCUCCCACCGGGAGGGCUAUGCGGACCUCAUCACACAGGGCACAAUUCUAUGGAGGUCACCAGGGGUCAACAGCGACACGCUGGUUGGUCACACGAGGCCACCUGAUGAGCUGCCCUCAAGCAUGGAGGAGUCCUCCUGGUACCCCAGGAAGAUGUGGUUCCUGGGGAGGAACAGGCGCCAGCACCAGGGGAAGGUGUCCUCCGAGGAUGUUCAGCCUGCCUCUGAGGUGAGCUCAUCCUUGCCUGUGGAUGGGCAGUCCUCUCCUUAUCAGGAGAGCCAGCACUCUCUCCCCAAAAACCGGCUGUCCGGGUCUCUCCAGGAGAAGUUGCCGAAGAGGCAGGAGAGGUCACUGUCAUAGGAACCGUGGCCAUAUACUCCCCAGAGUCUGCCACCAACCAAGGAGACACCACUGUCAGCGGAGGAGAGCCAGAUGACUUCUUCUGAGAGCCAGAUGCUGCCUUCAGGCCAGCUGUCUUUGAAGAGCCAGUCAGCACACUUGCAGGAGAAGACAUUCCUCUGGAAGAUCCGGAAACUGUCCUGGAAGAACUGGCCAUACAUCUGGCAAAAGGAGUCCGGGCCUUCCAAGGAGGGGACGGUGCCAGUUUCCAACUCGAACCUCACUGCUCUGAUGGAAACUCCACCACCAACUGCGAGAGGAUCAUCCACCAGCGAGCAGCCGAUGGCGGUGGAGCCCUCCCCUGUGGAGAAGCAGCCGUCGCCCACGGAGUGGCUGCCAGGGCCCAGCGAGGGUCAAACUCCACCUGAUCCGGCAGGGCUGCCGCCCUCACCUGAGGAACAGCAGUGACUGCCCAGGCUUAGUAAGUGUCACCCAGCAUCGUGAGGCCUUCCCCCAAAGACAGGGGCUCCACCUGCUCCUCUUUCUCUAAUAAACCCCGGUCGGUCUGACCCCAGGUCUCCUUGAGGCUCUCUCUUCCUAUACUUCUUUCUGUGAUGUCCCAUGAAAUAGUUCUUUUCUGGUUUUAAAAAUCAAAACACUGACCUCUAGUGGCCUGAUGGGGGAUUUGCAGGGAAAGCUGGGUUUCUUUGGGUUUCUUUACCCUGGGGUAAUGUGGAUAAAAGCUUUAUUGCUCUCAGAAGGGAGAAAGGUGCUGAGCAGACUCUGCUUACCAGCCCUGGCUUCCUGCCUGCAGCCUGCUGGCCUAUCUCAGGGCAGUUUAUAAGGUCGAGUCCUGACACCACCCAGCCUUUUCCUCCACUGGGCUGCCCUGGUUUCUUCUCAAGCAAACCACCUUACACUUUAGGCUCCAGAAGGCAGCGGUCAGUGACACCUCAGAAGCAGAGCCCAGCAAGAUCCGAGGCUCAGGUGGCCCAAAGGCCCUGUGGAGUGUGGAGCCCUGUGGGGGCAGGGGCUCAGGGAGGGCUGAGUUCAGAGCAGAGAGGGGUGGGCUGGGAGAGGCCUGCUUCCACUGUCCCUCAUCCCCUUCCUCCUUCAUGGAGGGUGAGCCCCAUGCCUCCCACUCCUGCACCAGCCCCUCCCCCCCCCACCAUUCAGCAAAGGCACAAGCCCAGGUGAGUGACUAGAAAAUAAUUUAUUGGAGGGAAACAAAACAACAAAUCCAGCACAGCAAUGGUUCACAACGAUGAUGAUAUAUUUUUUUAAACUUUUAAGCCUGUCGCCUGAGGGUAGGGUGGAGGGGGCCUCUGUUCCCUCUAGCCCUGGGGGUUCGGGGGAGGACUUUGGAUGACCCAAAUCGUGUGUCCCCUGAAAGCAGCCCUAGUGUCCAGUUGUGAUUACACACUCAGGGCCACGUGGCCUCCUGGCUGCCCUCACCCCUGGUGGAGACAAUCCUCCCAAAGACCAGCCCUUGGGGGUCCUGCCAGGGAUACAGGAGGAGACCAGGGAGCUGAUGGGCUGGUGUGGCUGAAACUGCUUUGGGCCAAGAAUGUGAGUGUCCCCAGUUCCAGCCAGUGCAGGGGCCCCGGAACACGCCCCACCCCCACCCCCCACCCUCAUUGCAGGUGGGUUGAACCUGCGCCCCCAGGCCCAGCCCUCCAAACUUGGGCCUUCUGUCCUUCAGGGUGUGAGAGACCCCCUUUGGCCACCCAAACCCACCUUACCUGGGGCCUGUCCUGGAAAGUGGGCUCUCCCCUGGUGGGAGCGUGGGCCCCGUGGCAGAAGAGUCAAAGUCCGGGAGACUGUCCCAGAGCCCCCUUUUAUGAUUUUUUGGGGGCCCCUUUGUUCUCUGGGUACCAGUGGGGGCUGGGAGGGAGGGCUCCACAGGUGUGCACCCCCUACCUCCCAGGCCAGACAGAAAGGUGAAGGCCAGGCCUGAGGGAGCUGAGGCGUGUGGGUGGAGCCCGGGCAGGUGCCUGCCUUGGGGGGGUUGUCUCAGGAGGGCCCUUCAGAUCUGAGGAAGUAGGGGUACACCCCGCCCCCCACCAACCUAGGCGACAAGACUCGAAUUGGUUGAUUGUCUGUCUCCUCUGAACAAGACACUUGGGAAUUCAUGCUAACGUGAGACUGACCGACCGAGCGGGGGGCCCGAGGUGGCAGUGACGCCCACUGGUGCCCCAGGACCAGGAACCGGAGGGACUCUGGUGCCAGGAGCUGGAGGCCCCGCCACCGGCCGCCUUCCUUCUGCACCUGAGGCCCGUCCACCCACCGCCGGCUAGACACAGAUCCUUGGAAAGGGGGGAAAGUAACACAGAGCAGCGCCGAGGAGCACCGAACAGCACCGACUGGGGCAUGAAACACAAGAUGCGACACGGAAUCCCGGGGCUCCGGCCCCGCGGCCCCGCCCCACCCCCACCCUUCCACCUAGUACAUUAUCUUCAAGAAAAAGUACAUUAGUCAUGCAUCAAAUCAAAUUCCAUUGCGUCUUUUUUUUCAUUUUUCUUCCUUUUUUUUUCUUAAAUUACAUUUGAACACAGAACACAUAGAAUAAUAAAUACUCUUAUAAGACAUGACUUCAAAAAACAAGAAACAGAACACGCCAGAGAACAGAAAGGUAUCCAACGCUCUCUCUCUCCUCUCUUUCCUAAAGGACUCAUUGAAAUAAGAAAUCUGUAAACGCCGCAGGUCCUUCCUCGUGCGCUCCCAGACUCUCUCUCUCGCUCAUGCUCCCCCAGCCCUUUGCCUCUGACCACCCAGCUUCCCCUGCCCUGACAUUCAAGGCGUCUCCCACGGAGCUCACCAAAAGAAAUGACAUACCAUCGUCUGCAAAAUUAUAAUUUAACGGUAUA